AUGCGCAUGAACUUCCUUGACCUGAUGGGUCAAGGUAACCAAUCCCGGGAUACCUCAGACACAAUCUACUACCUCAAAACAUCGACCCCCCACAUCCACGACAUCGCAGUAUCGGGCCCAUACCAUGAUCUGGAGAGCGUACAUGCUCAGGCUAGCCAUAACUUUGGCUCCGAAUGUUCACCGGGACGAUCAGCUCUCGAAGACUUUGUCCGAGACGGCAGACAUAUGGCCUUCGAACACAUCGCCUCCCCCAUCAACGGCGAUCCAAACCGCAUCAAGAAAACCACACUCCUACGUCGUCAAGACGCCCACCUAGCCGCCAAACUUCCAUGUCCGGUCUGGAAUGUCGUAGUGUCUGAGCUGGACAGCGAGCUCAAGGCCAGUGGCUGGGCGGAGCGCAAUCAGAUGGUGCCGAUGAAGGAUAUGGAAAUCAGACAGUCGUAUGAGAGUGAGGUUGCUGCUAAGGAGAAAGCGAGGGAGAUCUUGCAGGAGCUUGUGAGUUCUAAUGAAGGAUGUACGUCGAGGAUCAUGAGGCAGACGCCGUUCCAAGCUGGGGUUCUUGAUGGGCAGGGACCGAGGUUUGUGGUUGAGGUGAGGUAUGAUGGGGGUUUGGCUUGA